AUCAAGCGAAUCCUUCUACAGUAGAAGAACGUAGAAUUGAACCUUGAGAGGCAGCUUGAGGUAAGGUAUUUUAUAUACUUCAGGUAUCUCUGGACCCUUUGAGUGUACCAUGCAGUUUUCCUGGCCAGAAGGCCCAGGUAUCAGGUGUCUGCUGCUCUCCCUUCUGCUCCUCUCAGCCUGGGAGGCGGGGAGCGGCCAGGUCCGCUACUCGGUCCCCGAGGAGGCCAAACACGGCACCUUCGUGGGCCGCAUCGCCCAGGACCUGGGGCUGGAGCUGGCCGACCUGGUGCCCCGCCUGUUCCGGGUGGCGUCCAAAGGCCGCGGGGACCUUCUGGAGGUAAACCUGCAGAAUGGCAUUUUGUUUGUGAAUUCUCGGAUCGACCGGGAGGAGCUGUGCGGGCGGAGCGCCGAGUGUAGCCUCCACCUGGAGGUGAUCGUGGAAAGACCGCUGCAGGUUUUCCACGUGGAGGUGGAGGUGAAGGACAUUAACGAUAACCCCCCUGUGUUCCCUGAAAGUGAGAAGAGAAUAAUCAUUGCGGAAUCUAGACCUCCCGAAACUCGGUUUCCACUAGAUGGCGCAUCCGAUGCAGAUACUGGAGUAAACUCAGCCUUGACCUACCGAUUAGAUCCCAACGAUUAUUUCGCUUUGGACACCCAAAGUAAUCGUGAACAAACCUCUUCGUUAUCACUUGUGUUGAGGAAAUCAUUGGACAGAGAGGAAGUUCAGGAACAUAGUUUAUUACUGACAGCCAGUGAUGGCGGUAAACCCCAGCUGACUGGCACGGUUCAGCUGCGGAUCACAGUUCUGGAUGUAAAUGACAACGCCCCAGAAUUUGAGCAAUUUAUUUACAAAGUAAGACUGUUAGAGAAUGCCGUUAAUGGAACAUUAGUGAUCAAGCUUAAUGCCACAGAUCCCGAUGAUGGUGCAAAUGGAGACAUAAUCUACUCAUUUAGAAGACCUGUAUCGCCUGCAGUGUUGCAUGCAUUUUUUAUAAAUCCCGAAAAAGGAGAGAUUAGGACAAAAGGCAAAUUGGAUUUCGAAGAGACCAAAUUGUAUGAAAUAUCUGUAGAAGCAGUUGACAAGGGGAAUAUCCCAACGGCGGGUCACUGUACCGUUUUGGUGGAAAUGCUAGAUAUAAAUGAUAACGUCCCAGAGAUUACCAUCACAUCUCUGUCGCUCCCGGUGCGAGAGGAUGCUCAGGUGGGCACUGUCAUCGCCCUAAUCAGCGUGUCCGAUCGCGACUCUGGCGUCAACGGACAGGUGACCUGUUCGCUAUCACCCCAUGUCCCUUUCAAGCUGGUGUCCACCUUCAAAAAUUACUACUCGCUUGUGCUGGACAGCGCCUUGGACCGCGAGAGCGUGUCGAACUAUGCUCUGGUGGUGACUGCGAGAGACCAGGGCUCGCCCCCGCUGUGGGCCACGGCCAGCGUGUCGGUGGAGGUGGCCGACGUGAACGACAACGCGCCCGCGUUCGCGCAGCCCGAGUACACGGUGUUCGUGAGGGAGAAC